AUGCACAAGCUCUUUAGAUAUUUUGACGACGGUGUUGACUUCAAGGAUUACUGGGAGCUACUCAAAAAGGACUUGAUUUUUCACACACCUCUCGAAGAACAAGUAAGGGAGGCUUUGGAGCAACGUAAUCAUCCAAAUAUGAUGUUUUUACUGUACGAAGAAAUGCAAAAGGAUCUUCUGGGUGUUAUUGAUAAAGUUUGCUCGUUUCUGGGGAAGGAAUAUACCAAGCAACAGAAAGAAGAGUUAAAAGAGCAUUUGAAAUUUGACAAUAUGAAUAAGAUGCCACCUUUUUCAACCCCAAAGGCUCAAGGAAAUGACUCUGAGCUUAAAUUCAUGCGUAAAGGUAAAUCCGGCAAUUGGGUACAAUAUUUCGAUGUCGAGAUGAAGAAGGAAGCGGAAGAAUAUAUGAACAAAUAUCUGGAUUGCACUAAAUUACAAUUUCCGGAAAUAAGAAUUGGCUCU